UUUGCGCACAUACGUUCAGGGACCCGAAUUCAGCAGGCGGAUUUACUGUGUCAUGUCGGAUGACGCGCGAGCUGACCAAAGAGGAGCUAAGCCGGCUGGUGGUGGGGCCGCGCGUGGUGGACUUUGGCAAGGUGUCCAUGGGCUCCACCAACACGCUGGACACCUCCCUCAACGUGGUGCUGGACCUGAAGCCGCUGGAGAUGCUGCGGGAGAGCCCUAGCAUCAGCCAGGUCAUCCCGCCCGGCGCGCGCGGCGCCUUCCCGCUGGUGCUGCAGCUGCUGCGCCCCAAGCCCAGCUGGUCACCUUCCUGCAGCCAAGCCCAGCUGUGGCUGGUCCAGGCGCCGCCGGGUUUUCAGCAGUGUGUUUGGGACGUGGUGGUGAUGGCGGCGCUGGCCGCCACAGAACAUGGCCGGGUGCGGCUGCGCGGGAUGACGCGCGCCGCAGCGGCCCUGGGAACUCAGACGGCGGCGGCAGCAGCUCCCGAGGCUGCGGUGGCAGGUGCAGUGGAGGCGGAACCCGACCUUGACGAGAUCCCGCCCACACAGCUGACGCCGCCGCAGCCAGGCGUCAACCCCGUCGAGCUUGCGUGCGCUCGCGCAGUCGCGGACUUCUGAUCGUGGCUGAUGCAGUUUGCGCAGCUCGGCGUGCCCCAAAAGGGCUGGGAUGGUGUUGACGCCAAUCACCCCAUCCUGGCGGUGGUGAACGGUGAAAUGCUGUGCGCGUUGCCGCAAGCUAUGGAGCUGGAGGCUUGAAAGGGAUCAGCCCUUAGGAGAAACGCGUGAGCACUAACAUGAGCCACUGAAGCAGUGGCAUACGAGAGGGUCAGCGGGGGAGCUUAGUGGGCAGGCGAAGGGUUUUUUUGUUUUACGCCCGUGGGAGCAGGGCCAGGUUUGCGGGGUUUUUUGCCCGUGAGGGUGUUUUGGGUGCUGCCCGGGCCUUACGGCCUGGACCGGCCUAGUGGCCAGCCGCGUUUGUGGCUGCCCAUAGGCAUAGUUUGCCCUGGCGUCGAGAGCUGGUUAGGUUGCGGUUGAGGUCGUGCAGGCUGCGGGGUCGUAGGACUCAGCCCCGCAGCCACUGUGGUCGUGCUAUCGCGUGCUGUCGCGUGCUGCGUGCUGCGUGUUUUGUAAUGUUUGCUGUUUUUGUUUUCUGCCCGCCUGGUCUUAAGAUGUAGCUCGCCCGCUGGGUCUGAGGUUAUUACACCGGUAGUAAUUCCGCAAGGGUUACUGGCGCGGUGAAGGGUCGGAGUGCGUUACCCUGUGGACUCGAGAGCUGUCUGCGCUCUGCCGGGGAAACGCCAGGUCACGGCAGCCCUCGAUUGAGAGCCCUGUCGUUGGUUACACAGGGUUGCCUAGUACGCGACCCUCUCUCCAUAAUACGCGUAUUAAUACAGCGUACUAGGAUUUCUAGUACAGUACGUUAAAAUACGGUGCAUA